AUGGUUAACGUUCUCAUACAAAAGUAUUUGCCAUUUGUUAAUUUUCUCAUUGCAUCCGUUGCACUGGGAUUUCAAGUAACAGUUCUAUAUCCAUGGCAUUAUGAACUUCAACACGAAUUUAAUGAAUUACAAAAACAACAAGACGCAAAAUUACGUCAAUAUCAUGAAUUAAAAAUGCAAACAAUUAAAAAUAUCGAAGAUAAUUUAACAAAACUCAAUAGAGAACGAAAAACUGACAAUACUAAAAAAGAAUGA